AUGUCGCCAUCGAUCGCGAUGUUCACUUUGACGCCCAACGCGCGCGCGCUCGCGAGCAAAACCUCAAAGAUGGAUUUGAUUAAAAACCUCCGCGAGCGCACGGGCGCGCCGAUUGUCGACGUCAAAGCCGCGCUCACCGCGCACGACUAUGACUCCGAGGCAGCGUACGAUGCGCUGCGAGCGAAGGGAUUGGCCGCGGCGGCGAAAAAGGCUGGACGCACGAGCGCGGACGGCGCGGUGGCGGCGCUCAGCGGCGACCGAGGCGUCGUCCUGUUUGAGGUCAACAGCGAGACUGACUUCGUCGCGAGAGGGGAGAGUUUUCAAUCCUUGAUUAAGGAGUGUGCCGAGGCGACACUCAGGGCGGUUGAAAGCGAUCGGGCGAUGACGGAGGAACACGGCACCGCGACGGCGGGCGCGCUCAGAGCGCUUCGGGACGAGCGGAUCGGAGAGCUCUUAACGAGCGAUGGGAAACCUUUGAGCGACGCCGUGCGAGACGUCGCGGUGCAUGUUCGCGAGAAUGUUCGCUUACGUCGCGCAUUUGCGUACGCCGCGACGGUGGGUGCUGGAGAGGUGAUCGGGACGUAUGUGCACGGAGCGCUCGCGCCGGGAGUCGGGAAGCAAGCAGCGUGCGUCGUCGCCAAGGGUGUGAGCGAAGAGUUCGCGAAUAAGCUCGCGAUGCAUGUCGUGGCGAGCUCGCCGCUGUAUCUGCGAAGCGAUUGCGUGCCGACGGACGUGAUGGAACGUGAGUUGGCGGUUUUCCGAACGCAAACCGAGGGCUCGGGAAAACCGGCCAACAUAGUGGAGAAAAUCUUAGCCGGUCGCAUGAAUAAGUAUUACGAGGAAGUGUGCCUGGAGAACCAAAAGUUCAUCCUGGACGAUUCGAUGACGGUGGAAAAGGCGGUGAAGGCGGAGGGCGGGGAACUCGUCGCGUUCAGUCGCGUCAAGGUUGGCGAAGGCAUUGAGGUGGAGGAAAAAGACUUCGCCGCGGAAGUCGCCGAGGCUGUUCGGACGACGUAG